AUGCACGUCAAGUUUACCAUCAACGGGAAGCUUUACCAGGCUACCCCGGAUCAGCUACCGAUAGAUGCCACAUUGAACAACUUCAUACGCACCAGGGCACACCUGACGGGCACGAAGUUUAUGUGUCUCGAAGGUGGCUGUGGAGUGUGCAUCGUGAACGUCGUCGACACCCAUCCGGUCACCAAGCAACGCAUCACAUUCGCCGUGAAUUCGUGUCUGUUUUCGGUGUUUUCCUGCCAUGGCAUGGACAUUCUCACGGUGGAGGGCAUCGGCUCGAAAGCGGCCGGGUAUCAUCCGGUGCAGGAGCGUUUGGCACAGUUUAACGGUACGCAGUGUGGGUUCUGCUCGCCCGGGAUGGUCAUGAGUAUGUACAGCCUGCUCGAGGCCAACAACGGUAGCGUCACAAUGGAGGACGUGGAGAAAGGGCUGGCGGGGAAUAUAUGUCGCUGUACGGGCUACCGACCCAUACUGGACGCGUUUAAAUCCUUCGCAAUCGAUGCACCGCCGGAGGAUCGAUUGUCACGCCGUACUCCGGGCAGCGCUUGUCAACCGGACAUCGAAGAUCUACCCCGGGCGAACUGUGUCGGUUGUGAGCGGGAGUGUUCGGCCAAGAGUUACUUCGACGAAUCGGUGAACCUGCAGUUCGCUCACGCCGAAAGGCGUUGGUUUCGUGUGCGUACCGUGGACGAGAUAUUUGACAUUCUUCGGGAGGAGAACGCGGACGUUGGAACGUACAUGCUGGUGGCCGGUAAUACAGCCCACGGUGUUUACCGGCGAACGAAGGAUCUGCGAGUGUUUAUCGACGUGCGUAAUGUGGAGGAACUGCGCAACUAUUGGAUCGGUAGUUCCGUCAUCAUCGGGGCCAACGUGACGCUGAGCGAGCUGAUUGAAAUACUGCGCGAGGCGGCACGUACCGAUCGCCGCUUUACGUACUGUGUCGAGCUGGCCCGCCACGUGGAGGAGAUCGCACAUCCGGCGGUACGGCACGUUGGCACUAUAGCCGGCAACCUUACGCUCAAACACCGCCACCCAGAGUUCCCGUCCGAUCUGUACGUACUGUUUGAUGCGAUCGGUGUCGAGAUGACUAUCGCUUCGCCGAGCGGUGCGAUGGAAAAACUCUUGCCCGGCCAGUUCCUCUGCUUCAACAUGCACCGACGCGUGCUGUUGAACGUUACGCUACCGCCGCUCGACUCGGACCGGUGCGUGUUCCGAACGUACAAGGUAGCGGCAAGGGCGCAGAAUGCUAGCGCCCAUGUCAACGCCGCCUUUCUGUUGCGGCUCUGCGCACGCAAAAUCAACGUCGAGCAGGCGCAUCUUUGCUUUGGUGGGAUCGGACCGAAGUUUUCGCGUGCCUUCCGGACAGAGCAAUAUCUGGAGGGAAAGAACCCAUUCAACAACGUCAUGCUACAGGAGACACUUGCCGUGCUGAAUGCCGAACUAGCCGGCGGUCAAUCGGAACCAUCGGCGGAUGCAUCUUACCGACGUCAGGUAGCGGUCGGUUUGCUCUACCGCUUUGUGCUCCACAUUGCGCCACGUGAUCGUCGUGUCGCCAAUCCGGUAGUGCGUUCCGGUGGUUCGGCCAUGCAGCGACCACUCUCGUCCGGCGCACAGUCGUUCGAUACGUACCCCUCCAACUGGCCGCUGACACAGGCACUACCAAAGCUGGAAGCAUUCCUGCAGACGGCCGGUGAAACCGUCUACGUGAACGAUCUACCAACCCAACCGGAUGAGCUGCAUGCCGCGUUCGUGUUGGCAACGGUGGCGCGUCGCCAGCUCGUUGCGAUUGACCCAUCGGCUGCCCUUGCACUGCAGGGCGUAGUGGCGUUCUACUCCGCCAAAGACAUUCCCGGAGAGAAUGAUUUUGCCGCACUGAAAGGUGGUAUUAAUACUGCGUUCCCGUUCCGGAACGUACCGGAGCAGAUCCUGUGCAGUGGGAAAGUGCUGUACCAUGGGCAACCGAUCGGUAUUGUGGUGGCCAAAACCUUCGAAUGUGCAACAGUGGCAGCCGCGAUGGUGAAGGUUUCGUACGGAGAGCCUGACGGGGAACCGAUUCUUCCGACGAUCGAAGAUGUGUUUGCCGGCAGCAACACAACGAAUCGUUUCGUUACACUUGAACCCGACGUUGUUGGCCGAUCGUACAAUCGAAGCACCUCCGGUACGCUGAAGAUUACCGGCAGAUGUCACUUUCGCGGUCAAGCCCACUUCACACUAGAACCGCAGACUUGUCUCUGCAUUCCGUCGGAGGAUGGAACCGGGAUGGAGGUGUACAGUGCCAGCCAGUCGAGUCACAUGGUACAGGUGGCUAUCGCGAAGUCACUUCGGCUACGCCAGAGCAGUGUGCGCGUGAUUGUACGACCCGUCGGUGGUUCGUACGGUGCGAAACUAUCGCGUAGUGCUUGGGUCGCCAGUGCCUGUGCGUUGGCGGCGUAUCUUACCCGACGCCCCGUUCGGAUGGUUGUACCGUUCGAGACCGCGAUGCAGGGGAUUGGGAAGCGCAUCGGAGGUCGCUGCGAAUACGAGGUCGAUGUACGUCCCGCCGAUGGACGCAUCGUACGGCUUUCCAACACGUACCACGAAGACAUGGGUGUGUCCAGCUACGAGGCGAUGGCGAUGCUGUUCCGGGAAGCGUUCCGCAACUGCUACAGCGAUGACAGUUGGAGGCUGCGGUUGCGUGGCGUUUUUUCCGAUUCACCCAGCACUACCUGGUUGCGUUCGCCCGGAACGGCGGAAGCGAUUGCGACGAUAGAGACGAUCAUGGAGCAUGUGGCGUUUGUUACCGGGCUCGCUCCGCAAGCGGUACGGCUCGCCAACAUGGAGCCGGGAAACACUAUGACCACCCUAUUGCCUGCCUUUCACGAGCAGGUGGACUUCAAAGUGCGCAAGGCUGCCGUUGACCGUCACAACGAAACGAACCGGUGGAAAAAGCGGGGAAUCUCGAUCGUGCCAAUUGGCCAUCCAAUCCGCUACUUCGGCGGUAUGAAUGCUUGGGUUUCGAUCUACCAUGUGGAUGGUAGUGUGGCUGUUACCAUCGGGACGGCCGAGAUUGGGCAGGGUGUCAAUACGAAGGUGGCACAGGUUGUGGCCCACACACUCGGCAUUCCGCUGGCGCUGGUCAAGGUGAAACCGCACACAUCCAAUAGUUCGCCGAACUCAUUAAUCGAGGGUGGCAGCAUCAGCACGGAUUUGGUGGCAUACUCGGCACGGCGCGCCUGCGAAACGCUGCUCGAGCGCAUCCGGCCAGUGCGGGAGGACAACCGAACCGCACCGUGGGAGGCCAUCGUGCAGACGUGUUAUCAGCGUUGUAUCGAUCUAACCGCCUCGUACAACGCCAAACGUGCGGAUCUGCGUGGUUACACGGUGUGGGCACUGUGUGCGGUCGAGCUGGAGCUAGACGUGCUUACCGGCCAGGUGCAGCUGUUGCGUGUGGACAUUCUGGAGGAUACGGGCGAAAGCAUGAACCCGCUGCUGGACAUUGGGCAGAUCGAGGGCGCUUUCGUGAUGGCACUAGGAUAUCAUCUCAUCGAGGAGCUCCGGUACGAUCGUGGGACCGGUGCGCUUACGAACUUCCGCACGUGGAACUAUAAGCCACCGACUGCGCGUGAUAUACCGGUGGAUAUGCGCGUCCGGUUGUUGCAGAAAAGCUCCAAUCCUGCAGGUGUACUUCGCUCGAAGACAACCGGCGAACCGGCAUACAAUUUGGGUGUUACGGUGCAAUGUGCGCUACGCUAUGCACUUGCCGCUGCUCGACGGGAUGCGGGUCUGCCCAGUGAAUGGCUUGAGCUUGCCACUUCUUCAACGCCGGAGAAGGUGCUCGCUCUCACCGGUACUACAAUUGAUCAGUUUGUGCUCCAUUAA